AUGCGCCGCCCAGACUCCUCCCCGCACCCUUCGGCAGAUGGACUGACAGACGGCCACAACAGAACGUGGACCUCAUGCGCAACCGGCGCCCCCUUCUCCACCGUCUACUCGGCAUGGACCGGCACGGAACCCAGCACGCUGACGGUGCCGCCCACCGGCACCUAUCCCGGCAGCGUCAUCAUAUAUACCCCUAGCAACAUGGCGACCGCCGCCGAGUCGAUGAAUACAAUUCUUCCGCCUCAACCCAACCAGUCCAACGGGCAGCAGCCGAGCGAAGGCGGCCGAAGCUCACCGUCCCAACAACAAGGUACGAAUACCAUCCCAUCUGCCAUCUUUUCGUCGCUCACAGCUCUUGUCGCAGGACCACCACAACCAGCGGGGUCACCUGCAGAGUCCUCCGCACACUCGCACCAUCCGAGUUCACCACCGGCUGGCGGGUCCGUUGUGCCACCACCCUCAUCGGCAACGACGACAUCUGGCGAGCCCCCGAUGACGAAUUCCAGAGGUGCAAGCUCUGGCCCAGGAAGCGAGCCUGUCGCGCCGUCUUCUGCUCAGCCUCCGGCCUCGAACUCGAAAAGUGCAAGCCACGCCACGGGUAACGAGCCUACGGAAUCGACUCCUCAGCCUCCACCCACAUGGUCCAGCCGUCCUCAAUCUGGCACCACCGGCGAGCCUGCCACAGGAUCUUCUGGGAAGCCUGUGACGACGAGCUCCAAUGGUGCACAUUCCAGUGGGGCAAGUUCCAGCACCAGCGGCAGCACCAACCCUGCAACCGCAACCUCUGGUGCCGAGUCUACCACCAAAACUUCUGGCCAGUCUACGGCGAACACGUCGUCCGGCCCCAACACUACGAACUCUGGUGAUAUAAAUACGAGGACGACAACUACCACUACAUCGUCUGGUCAGACUACGACGAAUGCUUCCUCCAGUGCCACUUCGACGGGCUCUGGUGGUAUAACGUCGAGGACGACGACCACAACCACGACUUCUGGUACCGGGUCUUCCACUACAUCUUCUGGCCAGUCCCCAUCGAAUACUUCCUCCAGUUCUACUUCCACGGGAUCUGGUGAUAUUACGUCGAGGACAACGACUACAACAACGACGUCUGGCACCGGGUCUACCACUACGACUUCUGGCCAGUCCACAUCGAAUACCUCUAGCCCUACCUCCACGGGCUCUGGUGAUAUUACGUCGAGGACAACGACUACAACAACGACGUCUGGCACCGGGUCUACCACUACGACUUCUGGCCAGUCCACAUCGAAUACCUCUAGCCCUACCUCCACGGGCUCUGGUGAUAUUACGUCGAGGACGACGACUACAACAACGACUUCUGGUACCGAGUCUGCCACUACAACUUCUGGCCAAUCCACAUCGACUACAUCUAGCCCUACUUCCACGGGCUCUGGUGACAUUACGUCGAGGACAACAACUACGACUACGACUUCUGGUACCGAGUCUACCACCACAUCUUCCGGCCAGUCCACAUCGACUACUUCUAGCAUUACUUCCACUGGCUCUGGUGACAUUACGUCGAGGACAACUACAACCACGAAUUCUGGUACCGAGUCCACCACCACGACUUCUGGUACCGAGUCUACCACCACGACUUCUGAGCAGUCCACAUCGACUUCUUCUGAAGAGUCGACAACUAGCUCUACAGCAAGCUCGACAACAAGCACUGGUGAGUCUUCCACUUCCACCACAACGACGUCUAGCGAGCCUCCAUCAACUACUACAACAACCUCCACCGAGUCGUCUACGAGUUCUACAACCACAACAUCCGAAGGAACCACUUCUACAGCUACAACAUCCGAGGAAACGACCACAUCUACUACUACUACCUCUGGGGGAACGACUACAUCAACCACAACGUCUGAGUCCACAACUUCGACUACAACUUCAGAGUCCACUACUACAACCUCCGGGGAGACAACCAGCACUACAUCGGAAGAAUCGACGAGUACUACUUCUCAAGAGUCAACUACCACGAGUACAACCUCGGAGGAGACGACUACAUCUGCCACUACAUCUUCUGAAGAGACCACUACAAAUACAUCAACCGAGUCUCCUACUACGACUACAACGUCAGAGGAGACUACUAGUACUACUUCUGAGUCUACUACGACUACAACGUCAGAGGAGACUACUAGUACUACUUCUGAGUCUACUACGACUACAUCUUCUGAAGAGUCUACAUCUACAACCUCUGUGGAGUCUACUACGACAACUACAUCCGAGGAGUCCACAACGUCCACAACGUCUGAGGAGACUACCACUACUACCUCUGAGGAGACUACCUCAACAACCUCGGAGACUACGAUAACAACUACUUCUGAGACUACGACGACGACUACUUCUGAGGAGACGACGACUACUACUACCUCUGAAGAGACUACAACUACUACUUCUGAAACUACUACUACUACCUCUGAGACUACGACGACAACUACUUCUGAGGAGACUACUACUACUACUACCUCUGAGACUACUAGUACUACAACUUCUGAGAGUACUACUACAACCUCUGAGGAGACUACUACUACCACAACUUCCGAGACUACUACUACAACCUCUGAGACUACGACGACUACUACCUCUGAGGAGACUACUACUACAACCUCUGAGACUACAACGACUACUACCUCUGAGGAGACUACAACGACUACUACCUCUGAGGAGACUACUACUACUACUACCUCUGAGGAGACUACUACUACUACAACUUCCGAGACUACUACUACUACCUCUGAGGAGACUACUACUACUACCUCUGAGGAGACUACCACUACUACCUCCGAGGAGACUACGACGACUACUACCUCUGAGGAGACUACCACUACUACAACUUCUGAGACUACUACUACAACUUCUGAGGAGACUACAACUACUACCUCUGAGGAGACUACAACAACUACUUCUGAGGAGACAACAACGACUACUUCUGAGGCUACUACUACUACUACCUCUGAAGAGACUACGACUACUACGACCUCUGAGGAAACUACUACUACUACCUCUGAGGAGACUACGACAACUACUACCUCUGAGGAGACUACUACUUCUACAACCUCUGAAGAGACUACAACAACUACGACCUCCGAGGAGACAACUACAACUACUACCUCUGAAGAGACUACGACAACUACUACUUCUGAGGAAACAACAACGACUACUUCUGAGGAGACUACUACGACUACUACCUCGGAGGAGACAACAACAACUACUUCGGAAGAGACAACAACUACUACAACUUCUGAAGAGACUACAACAACUACGACCUCCGAGGAGACUACUACUUCUACAAGCUCUCAGGAGACUACAACAACGACUACCUCAGAGGAGACUACAACUACUACUACCUCUGAGGAGACUUCAACUACUACUACUUCCGAAGAGACUACUACUACCUCUGAGGAGACUACGACUACUACUACCUCUGAGGAGACAACAACGACAACUACUUCGGAAGAGACUACUACUACUACGACCUCUGAAGAGACUACAACAACUACGACCUCCGGGGAGACUACUACAACUACUACUUCUGAAGAGACUACAACAACGACUACCUCAGAGGAGACUACAACUACUACUACCUCUGAGGAGACUUCAACUACUACUACUUCCGAAGAGACUACUACUACCUCUGAGGAGACUACAACUACUACUACCUCUGAGGAGACAACAACGACAACUACUUCGGAAGAGACUACUACUACUACAACCUCUGAAGAGACUACAACAACUACGACCUCCGAGGAGACUACUACUACUACUACUUCUGAGGAGACUACAACCACUACAACCUCCGAGGAGACUACAACGACUACUACCUCUGAGGAGACUACUACUACUACAACCGAGGAAACUACUACUACUACUACUACUACCUCUGAGGAGAGUACGACUACUACUACUACCUCCGAGGAAACUACUACUACUACAACAACCUCUGAGGAGACUACUACAACUACCACCUCUGAAGAGACUACUACGACUACUACUUCUGAGGAAACAACAACGACUACUUCUGAGGAGACUACUACGACUACUACCUCUGAGGAGACAACUACUACUACUACCUCGGAGGAGACAACAACUACUACUACUACCUCGGAGGAAACUACAACAACGACUACAUCAGAGGAGACUACAACUACUACUUCUGAGACUACUACUACUACUUCUGAGGAGACUACAACUACUACAACCUCUGAGGAGACUACAACGACUACUACAUCUGAGGAGACUACUACUACUACAACAACCUCCGAGGAAACUACUACUUCAACAACAACCUCUGAGGAGACUACGACAACUACAACCUCUGAGGAAACUACCACUUCAACAACAACCUCUGAGGAGACUACAACAACAACAACCUCUGAGGAGACUACGACAACUACAACUUCUGAGGAAACUACAACGACUACAACUGAGGAGACUACUACCACUACAACAACCUCCGAGGAGACUACGACAACUACAACCUCUGAGGAGACUACAACAACUACAACCUCCGAGGAGACUACGACAACUACAACCUCUGAGGAGACUACAACAACUACAACCUCUGAGGAGACUACGACAACUACAACUGAGGAGACUACGACUACAACAACCUCCGAGGAAACUACCACUUCAACAACAACCUCUGAGGAGACUACAACGACUACAACGACCUCCGAGGAAACUACUACUUCAACAACUACCUCUGAGGAGACUACAACAACUACAACCUCUGAGGAGACUACAACGACUACAACAACCUCCGAGGAGACUACGACAACUACAACUGAGGAGACUACGACUACAACAACCUCCGAGGAAACUACCACUUCAACAACAACCUCCGAGGAGACUACAACAACUACAACCUCUGAGGAGACUACAACGACUACUACAUCUGAGGAGACUACUACUACUACAACAACCUCCGAGGAAACUACCACUUCAACAACAACCUCCGAGGAGACUACGACAACUACAACCUCUGAGGAGACUACAACGACUACAACGACCUCCGAGGAAACUACUACUUCAACAACUACCUCUGAGGAGACUACGACAACAACAACCUCUGAGGAGACUACGACAACUACAACCUCUGAGGAGACUACGACAACUACAACCUCUGAGGAGACUACGACAACUACAACCUCUGAGGAGACUACGACUACAACAACCUCCGAGGAAACUACCACUUCAACAACAACCUCCGAGGAGACUACGACAACUACAACCUCUGAGGAGACUACGACAACUACAACCUCUGAGGAGACUACGACAACUACAACCUCUGAGGAGACUACGACAACUACAACCUCUGAGGAGACUACGACAACUACAACCUCUGAGGAGACUACGACUACAACAACCUCCGAGGAAACUACCACUUCAACAACAACCUCCGAGGAGACUACGACAACUACAACCUCUGAGGAGACUACGACAACUACAACCUCUGAGGAGACUACGACAACUACAACCUCUGAGGAGACUACGACUACAACAACCUCCGAGGAAACUACCACUUCAACAACAACCUCCGAGGAGACUACGACAACUACAACCUCUGAGGAGACUACGACAACUACAACUGAGGAGACUACUACCACUACAACAACCUCUGAGGAGACUACAACAACUACAACCUCUGAGGAGACUACAACAACUACAACCUCUGAGGAAACUACUACGACGACAACCUCUGAGGAGACUACGACAACUACAACUUCUGAGGAGACUACUACGACUACUACAACUUCUGAGGAGACUACUACGACUACUACCUCUGAGGAGACUACUACAACGACUACCUCUGAGGAAACUACUACGACGACUACUACCUCUGAGGAGACUACGACUACAACAACAACCUCCGAGGAAACUACUACUACUACUACUACUACUUCUGAGGAGACUACUACUACUACUACAACUUCUGAGGAGACUACUACGACUACUACCUCUGAGGAGACUACUACUACAUCAACAACCUCCGAGGAAACUACUACUACUACUACUGAGGAGACUACUACUACAACUACAACUUCUGAGGAGACUACUACGACUACUACCUCUGAGGAGUCUACUACUACAACAACAACCUCCGAGGAAACCACUACUACUACUACUACUUCUGAGGAGACUACUACUACAACUACAACUUCUGAGGAGACUACUACGACUACUACCUCUGAGGAGACUACUACAACGACUACUACCUCCGAGGAGACUACAACGACUACAACCUCUGAGGAGAGUACUACUACUACAACUACAUCUGAGGAGACUUCAACAACUACUACUACUACCUCUGAGGAGACUACAACGACUACUACUACCGAAGAGACUACGACUACUACGACUACCUCUGAGGAGACUACGACGACUACUACUACUACCUCUGAGGAGACUACAACGACUACUACCGAAGAGACUACGACUACUACGACUACCUCUGAUGAGACUACCACUACAACAACAACCUCCGAGGAAACCACUACUACUACAACCUCCGAGGAAACUACGACGACUACCACCACCUCGGAGGAAACUACAACGACUACCACCACUACCUCCGACGAGACCACCACUACUUCUACCACCUCGGAGGAGACUACCACCACUACUACUACUACCUCGGAGGAGACUACUACCACUACUACCACUACCUCUGAAGAGACAACAACUACUACGACUACUUCUGAGGAAACUACCACUACAACUACUACAACCUCUGAAGAGACAACCACUACUACCACUACCUCGGAGGAGACUACUACCACUACUACCACUACCUCAGAGGAGUCUACUACCACCACUACCACUACCUCUCAGGAGACUACUACAACUACUACAACCUCUGAGGAGUCAACUUCGACGACGACUACCACCACCAGCACAACCUCUGAGGAGACCACCACCACCAGUACCACUACCACAUCCACCUCGACAACCUUUUCGACCUCUACAAUCACAACCACCUCCACAACCUCCGAGGAGAUCACUACAACCUCGUCCACCUCGACAACCUCAUCUACCACGACUACCUCAUCCACCACGACAACCUCAUCCACCACGACAACCUCAUCCACCACGACAACCUCAUCCACCACAACAACCACAUCUACCACUACAUCCUCAUCUACCACUACAACCUCGUCUACCACCACCACCACAUCGAGCGGCCCAUCAUCGACUUGUGCGAAUCUGAUCAACCCCAACUUCAGUUCUGGUCUAGACAAUUGGUACAUCUCGGAUCAAGUGACGGCCAACUCGCACGUUGUGAAUAUCGGUACAGGCGGCAAUUCGAACUCGUUUGCCCUGAUUCCGUCGCAAACCCAGUUUGCGCAAGUAUACCUGAAUCAAGCUCUACCCUCGUGCGGAAACCCGCCGCCUCUUGUCUGGGUCAACAUUCGAUUCAGCUACCAAUUUACCGGCACUUCGACGGGUUGCCGCAUUUCGGCGAGCAUCAACCAAGGCACUCCGGAUUUGUUCACUCUGCAAGAUCCGGGCACUUCUCCCGGUGUUUGGCAGACCUACCAAGGCCCGGCGACGCAAGUACAGCUCAGCUACUAUCCACUCUUUACUCUCAAGCUGAGGUGCGACACAAAUGUCGCCAAUGCAAACGCCAUUCUGAUCACUGGCAUCACCAUCUACUAG